AUGAAAGCCAGCUCUGCUUUGCCUUUGCUGACAGCAGGUUUGUCGCUGCUUGUUUCGUCGGUUAGCGCAGCAGUCCGCACCUAUGAUUUCAACGUUACAUGGGUCAAUGCCAACCCCGAUGGUCUUCAUGAACGUCAGGUGGUUGGUAUCAAUGGCCAAUGGCCAUUGCCUGUCAUUGAAGUUGACAAGGGUGACCGUAUUAUCGUGAAUAUGCACAAUGGAUUGCCUGAUCGUAAUGCCUCGAUCCAUUUCCACGGUAUCUUCCAGAACGGAAGUACUGAGAUGGACGGUCCUGUCAUGGUCACUCAAUGUCCUGUUGCUCCUGGUGGAGACAUCACUUAUAACUUCACUGUGGAUCAAAACGGUACUUACUGGUACCACUCUCACGUCGAUUCGCAAUAUCCCGAUGGUUACCGUCAAGCUCUUAUUGUUCAUGAUAAGACUUUCCCCUUUGACUAUGAUGAAGAUAUCUUUGUUACCUUGUCUGAUUGGUACCAUGAGACUAUUGAGAGCAUCGACCCUAGUUUCUUGUCUUUGUAUAAUCCUUCUGGAGCCGAGCCUAUUCCCGACUCGUUUUUGUUCAAUGAUACUCAAAACUCCAAGAUCCCUGUUAAGCCCAAUACCACUUAUAUGUUGAGAAUCAUCAACAUUGGUGCUUUUGUUGCUCAAUACUUUUACAUUGAGGGCCACAACAUGACUAUUGUCGAGGUUGAUGGUGUUUACACUGAACCCACUCCUGCUGAUAUUCUUUAUGUGCACGUUGCUCAGAGAUACACUGUCUUGUUCACUACUAAGGACACUACUGAUACCAACUAUGCCAUUGUCACUGUUGCCGACUCUGAUUUGUUGGAUACCAUUCCUCCUAAUCUUACUUUGAACCAUACCAAUUGGCUUGAGUACGACUCGAAGGCUCCUUUCAAUGAGGCCAACAUCACUGUUGAUACUUCAGACGAUCUCGAUGCCUUCGACGAUUCUACUUUGAUCCCCUAUGAUCACCAGGAGCUUCUUCCUGACCCCGAUUACGAGAUUACUGUUAAUGUGUCGAUGAACAACUUGCUCAACGGUAUUAACUAUGCUUUCUUCAACAACAUCACCUACACCGCUCCCAAGGUUCCUACUUUGUUCACUGUCAUGUCUGCCAACGAGUCUGUUGUUGAGGACGAUGCUAUUUACGGAGAUUUUACCCAUACUUUUGUUCUUAAGCACAAUGAGGUUGUGCAACUUGUUGUUAACAAUAAUGACGGUGGUUCUCACCCCUUCCACUUGCACGGACACACUUUCCAAGUUUUGUCCCGAUCUCCCGAAUACGACGACUUCACUCCUUUCGACCCUAACAACCACACUGAUUUCAACGAUCCUCCUAUCAGAAGAGACGUUUUGGUUGCCCACCCCAACGGUAACUUUGUCAUUCGAUUCGCCGCCAACAACCCCGGUGUGUGGCUUUUCCACUGUCACAUUGAGUGGCAUUUGUUCCAGGGUCUUGCUCUGGUUCUUGUUGAGGCUCCUGUUCAACUUCAACAGACGCUUCAAAUCCCCGACGACCACUACGCCGUCUGUGACAAAGUCAACGUGUCAUCCAAGGGUAACGCAGCUGGCAACUCGAUCGAUUUCUUUGACCUGUCUGGCCAGAACAAGCAAGUGCCCGACCUGCCCAACGGAUUCACCGCCAGAGGUAUCGUGGCCCUCGUGUUCUCGUGUAUCAGUGCCUUCCUCGGCAUGGGCGCCAUUGUGUGGUACGGACUCAGUGACCUGUCGCUGUCCGAGGUCAGAAUGCUCGAGCAUAUUGCUGACGACGCCGGCAUCGAGCACGAGCCCAUCGACCCCGAUGAUGUGUCCAAUCACGGCGGCCGCGACGACUAA